CCAUUUUUUCAUUCCACCGUUCAUCGGACACGCGAAAAAAGGUUUGCUGUCCAUACGCCUUCAGGCAACAAUUUACUAUGGAGUGCACGUGCGGGUGAGGCAGGUCGUCGGAGUGCAAGUGGCGAGUUGCAUAACGUCACACAGCUGACGUGAUAUCAGCAGGUUGGAGGCCUUAUCAUGAAAAAAUAUAUGUUUGAUAAUAGAAAAUGAGAUGGAGCCAGUGCGAGGUGCAUUGGCCUUACUCUCCUUUUCUUUUUAAGGCCCAUAUGUAACAUGUGAUGUGUGAUAUAAUUUGUCUCAAGGUCAGCUCUGUUGCUGAGAGUCCUGUUACUAAGUCCUGCCUGGGCAUCCACUGAUAAGAUAAACAUGGCGGUUAUGCAUGAACGAUGAAAGACAAGGAGCGUUCCAUUUUUAGUUUUCAAACUGGCAAUAAAAAGAAAUCAAACUGGAGCAUUGUGAGCUCUUUACUGUUGCAUGGGUAGGAAGGAAGGAGUUUGGGGGGCGGAAACACCCAUUUGUCUCUAUUGCAGGUGUGAGCAGGUGGUGAACAUGGAGGACCCUGAGUUGUCGACAGACACAACUCAAAUACUGCCUGGAAUCGAGGGCAUCCUUUGUCCAACGUGUGGCCUGUGUGUUGGUCUCUACUACGUUCAAGAAUGGAUUCCAGUGAAGCAGUGCCUGCUGGAUCCAGCACAAGAAGAUGGAUGGACCCUUGCUGAGGGACUAUGGGACAAAGCUGUUCACUGGACUCUCUCCCAAGUUGUCUACCGGACAAUGGAGCCGCCAAAUCCUGACUGCAAAGAGGCUUUGUUUGACACACCAGACCCAACAGAUGUUAUCUACUUGCUUUGGGUGGGUGGCAAAGCUGUUGGGUUCUGCACUUUGAAGCCAAGAGGAGCAUUAUAUGAGAAAACUGUAGAGAGUUAUGCCAUGAUGACCAUUGAUACAAUCUUUGUAAGAUCUUCAUACCGCAGAAGAGGUCAUGUUAGAACACUCCUUGAAGCUUUGUCAGAAUCACAUGAUGACCUUGGUUUCAGUCAACCCAUCUCUGACUCCAUGGUGAAAGUCCUUUCAAGGUUUCUGGUGGACAGCAAAGUCCAUAGACGGAGGUUUUGGGAAAUUAGUGGAGCAGGAAAUGAAGGCUGCAGAAAGCUGGUGUGGUACACAAUCCGUCAUAAAUACAUGGCACGAAGCUCCAACCAUGAUCUAGUCAGAAGAAGUAUUAUCUAAGAAAAUGAGAUCUGACACCACUAUGAAAUACCAAAGAUAUUUUCAGGAAUAUCACAGAUUGCCCUGUCUCUGUAAAUAAUUGAAAUAAUUUUAACUGUAGUGCAUGAGUUGAGUCAAGCCCUAAAUUAGGAAAAGUAGUGUACAUAAUGCAAAUCCUAGUUGCCUUCAUAGGAAAAGUUUUUCUUUUUUUUUAAAUGAGCAAAGGUUCUUUACUCUCACAUUGAAUAAAACAAACAAAUUCUG